AUGGCGAGCUUGAACCCAUCACAAGAUGACGGCCCCGACAAGAAACUGAGAAUCACUGCAAACUUCAAGAACAAUCUGCCCACUGAAACUAAAGCUGAAACUUGCUGCUCAUGGCUUCUACUGCCACUUGACAUCAUGGCUGACAUUCUCUCAAGACUACCUGCGAAAUCUAUUGCGAAAUUCCUCUGUGCCUGCAAGCAAUGGCUCUCUCUAACUCACGAUGCCCGUUUCCUGAGAUCACUGCACGCGAGAUCCGCGAGCUACGUAAUUAUUGAUAAAUACAUUGUUAAUGGUAAAGUAGAGCCGUAUGAUUUCAGUAUCGGCGAUGGAGGAAAACCUAAGAAGAUUUCCUACACAUUAAAUCUUGGGAGCAACUGUUAUAGGUUAUCAAAUUUUGUUGAUGGCUUAACUUUUGCUUAUGGUGGAUCUUUGUUUUCUGAUAUAUACUUAUUAAAUCCUAUGUCGCGGGCACUUCGGAAACUUCCAAAGAACAAUGGUCCUCAAGAAGGCUAUUUUAUAUGA